GCCCUUCUCUGCGCCUUCCCUCCUUCUCCAUUACACGCGCGCGAUGAUGAAGCUCUUGCUCCCGAUCGCGCUCGCCAGCUCCGUCCUGGGGUGGUUCCCUGGGCAGGAUGCACCGGGUCUACGCCGCCGCGACGAUUUCUCGUUCGACAUCAACCAAGGCCAAGACACGCAGCGGGACACCGCGAGCAUGGAUGCGCCUGACCUGGAGUUCACCACAGAUGGUGGCACGCCGGUCUACCACCCCUACGAGUAUCAGCGGAUUGGCGACGAUGGUCCCCUGCUGCUCCAGGAUGUUCAUCUGACCGAGCUAUUCGGGGCCUUCGACCGCGAACGCAUUCCAGAACGCGUUGUACACGCCAAGGGCGCGGGAGCGCACGGCUACUUUGAAGUCACCAACGCCGAGUUCGCGAGGAACUACACCAUGAUGGAUGUCUUCAGCGAGGAUGGUCUUCGUACUCCCAUCACCGUCCGCUUCAGCACUGUCGGCGGGGAGCAAGGCUCCGCUGAUGAGGCGCGCGACCCCCGUGGCUUCGCGAUGAAGUUCCGCACGCGCAAGGGCAUCUGGGACCUGGUCAUGAACAACACCCCCGUCUUCUUCAUUCGCGACGCGGCCAAGUUCCCGCACUUUAUUCAUACCCAGAAGCGCAACCCGCAGACGCAUCUCAAGGACAAGGACAUGUUCUGGGACUACCUUGGCUCGAACCCCGAGUCGCUUUACCAGGUUAUGCGCUUGUUCUCCAACUUGGGUACGCCCUACGGCUUCCGCUACAUGAAUGGCUGGACGGGACACUCCUACCGUUGGAUCAAGGACGACGGCUCGUGGGUGUAUGUGAAGCUGUACGCGGAGAGCAUGCAGGGCAUCCGGAACUUCACGAACGCGGAGGCGACGAAGGUGCAGGGGGAGAACCCGGACUUUGCGACGCAGGACCUUUACGAAGCGAUUGAGAAUGGGACAUACCCGGGGUGGACGAUGUAUGCGCAGGUCCUGACGCCAGAGGAUGCGGAGAAGUUCAAGUAUAAUGUGCUGGAUCUGACGAAGGACUGGGGCUUCGACGAUGUGCCGCGGACUGAGAUUGGCAAGUUCUACUUGACGCAGAACCCGAGGAACUACUUCGCCGAGGUCGAGCAAGCUGCCUUCUCGCCGUCACGCAUGGUCGAAGGCUGGGGACCAUCGGCGGACCCAGUGCUGCAGGCCCGCUUGUUCUCGUACGCAGACACGCACCGCUACCGUCUUGGUGUGAACUACAUGCAAAUCCCUGUGAACUGCCCCUUCGCGCGUGUCGCCAACUUCGAGCGGGAUGGUGCCAUGAACGUUCUUGGGAAUCAGGGCAACCGUCCCAACUACAUGUCGACGCAGAGCCCGAUUAAGCUGGCGAAGCGUCCCUACGUGGACGAUACUCACCAGCAGUGGACGGGUGGCGCCGUAUCUGCACUGUCUCGCGUCACUGAGAUCGACUUCGAUUGGCCUCGCCGCUUCUACGACAGCCUCUCGCAGACUGACAAGGAGAAUCUCAUCAGCAACAUCGUCGGUCACCUCGGUGCCGCGAAGAGCGAGUAUGUCCGGCAGCGGCAAGCGUCCCUCUUCGCGCAUGUCGACCCCGAUCUCGGGCAGGCAAUUGCGGAUGGGAUCGGUGUGAGCGUCGUGCCUUUGGAGUUCUCGAACGACAAGCCAACAUGGGAGGGGACGACGAUCGACAGUUCGAACAGUACCCUCGAGUACUGAGAGAUCAGUACUUGCUAGCAGUUCGAGGACUUUUGACGCUACAUACCUAUUUACGUGGAGCUACCUACCGCAUGAAGGAAUGAAUUCCCUUCAUUACCUGUGAGGCUUUAUAGCUGAAUCAGAAUAGUGGUUGUUGUGUUCGUUGCAAAACGUGCGUCGUUGAACGGCAGUGACGGAG